AUAAUUGCUGGAAAUGAGAGCCCCCAGCAUCAACUUACAGGCCUUAUUUUAAAAGACACAGUAUUGGAUUCCAACAGAGAACUAUGCGGAUGGCAAUCGCUGCCUUCAUGAACUACCUUCUCGCGUGCGCAGGUCUGCUUCUUUUCCUUACGCCUGCAUGGAAAAGCAAUGUUCUUGCUUUUACGUAUCCGCCUCUGAUAGCCUCGCCGUCGUCCUUCACAUCGCCUCCGUUACCAUCUACGCCAUCACCUCCACCACCACUACUGCCGGCCCUAGCAAGUCCUCCUCCGCCGCCGCCUAACGAGGAUGUCGACCGGCCGCCCCUGGUUAAGGACAACACGCCAACAAGUCCCGCAUCCAGCCAGCCGGCAAUACCACCUCCCUCGCCGCCACCGUCUACCCCUCCCACCCCUCCUGUCAGCUACUCUUCCAUCUGGGAUUUCCUUGUCAAGAACAACAGCUUCCCAACGAUCAGUCUUGCCUUGUCGACCGCAAAUGAAGUCGCAACCUUCAACGACUCCAGCCAGGAGGUGACCUUCUUCCUGCCCACUGAGACGGCUUUUGACAAGUUGUCGGACGCGCUGGGCGUUGCCAGGAGCAACCGUGCGGGUUUGUUGCCGUACUUGCCGGUUAUCAAAAGAGCCCUAAGCUAUCACGUGCUACCGACCAGAAUUAGCCUUCAGAGUGUUGCGAAUCAAUCAGUCGGCGGUACGGAGUACUACAACACCACGCUUACGAUGGGACAGUCCUCAAGCAUCGGCGUGCGGGUUUCGCCUCCCUCGAGCCCCCCGGCGACAUCCCCGGAGAUAUUCAUUCUGGGGGUUAGCUCAACCGCUAAAGUACUGCAGGCUGAUGUCGCGGCAGGCGCGUCGUGCAUUAAUGUCGUGGAUACCGUUUUGCAGUAUUGGUACAACUCAGUUGAUGAGGUCUUCGCCUCCAUCAGCGGCGCCUCGACCAUGUACCAGGCGCUCAAGACCGCCCAACUUCUCAAGCCAGCGAAUGUGACGAGCCCGUACACCAUAUUCGUACCAACCGACGAGGCCUUCGUCAGCGCCUUCGGUGCCUCCGCCGCUACCACCAUCCUCGCCAAUCUAAGGUCGUACGAAAGCUUGCUACGUCACCAUGUGGCAUACGGCUGGGUGGUUACGGACACAACCUCAGAAGAAUACGUUCGUACAUCGUACAUAACUCUGAAUUCGAACAACGUGACGGUUGUGGUUCCAUCGAACGACAAGGCCGAUGCUGGCGUCAAGCCCACCGUCGCCUCAGCUGCCGUACCCGGAUCCCCAGUCUUCUCCAUCCUAAAUACAUUCCAAGUCGGCAUCGAGCCACAAGUGAUCGUCCAAGUGAUUAAUGGGGUUCUUAACCCGGCUAGCAGUCGGCAGACAGCCGGUGGCGCAGCCGUGAUGGUGGCGCCAUCGCCGCAGCUGUUGCUGCUGCUACUGCUGCUGCUGGCCGGGCUCAUGCUGAUCUAGAUGAAGAUUUGUUCUUUAGGCAGUUCUAGUGGAGCUUUUUAUGAAGGGUUUUUUGACUUGAGAGUUUUCGGGAGUGGUUGGGGGGGGGGAGUCAAGUUGCGUAAGUAGUGAGGUGUGUCGUUGCGUGCGCAGCGUACCUUGGGCUAACCUGGCUUGGCAGCCAUUGCGCUAUUUUGUUCCUAUUCGCGGUGGUGAUGCUGCUGCUGCUAUUGCUGAUGCUGAUGCCCCGACUUGGUCGGAAAUUGGGCGAAGUGGUAUUGCGGGGGAUUUGCCCAUUGGGGGGGGGGCGGAGAGAGUUAAGUUUGGAGGGAGCGGAGUCCCAUUGCGGGCUGUGUGUUGACUUGGUCGGAACUGUUGGGAUUCAUCAUCCACCCACCCACCCACCCACCCAGCCUUAUCUUAUUGCCAAAAAUCCAACACGCUUCCAGCUUAUUGCCAUCUUGCCAUCUAACCAUCCAUCCAUCUAACCAUCCAUCCAUCCAUCCAUCUAACCAUCUAACCAUCCAUCCAUCCAUACGGCAUGUUAGCCCUUGCAUGGGCUGGCUAUCAGCACGCGGUGCAGUGCGUGUCGUGCGCGCAUUUGCCACCACCAGCUGCUCUCCAGCUGACUCCCGCCACUUCCCCUCGCUUAGAAAAUUUGAAUUUGCAGCACGGCGAUCAUCUGGGGCUCCCCCGCCUGGUGCGUCUUCAAUUCUAUGCAUGAAUUGUGCGCGCGCGUGCCUGCCUGCAUGCCUGCAUGCAACCUUGCACAUGCAGGGACAACCUCAAUGCAGCCUUCUUGCGUUUAGUUGGGGAGAGGUUGUGCCGCCUAACCGAUAGGACGUUGUUCGUUGGUUAGUUGGGUGAUGGUGGUUGCUUGGCUCAAUACGUGAAUGCACACGGAGAAGCGUCACGUGCUGGGAUGACACAAGAAACACACGCACACGAACGACAUAUGACGACAUACAUACCAAUGACUGAGGACGAUGCAACGCAUCGGUGAGACUGUUAUCGGGUUUUAUAAUUGUUCGCUGCAGGACGCAUCCCUGCUCUGAAGGGUGCAUACCGUAUUUUCACAUUACAAAGGCAAAAACCCUGUUCGCGCGCAUUUUUUAAAAUUAGUUGGAUCCGAUUGCGGUAUGGAUUUACGGCUGGGUGUACGGCAACGUCUUGAUAGAAAAUUAUGUCGCAUUUUAGAUUUGAAGGGUAAGAGUUUCCAGAGGUUUCAUAGGAUGGAUAGCACAUGAAAGUUUUAGCUUAGGAUGGUGUCUAAAAGAUGGUGGUUCUACUGCGUUGCUUAAGGGCGAAGAAAGCGCAUGCAGCAGCAUUUGCGGCAGGGUGGAGGGUCCGGAUAUGGGGUGCCAGCGGGGAUGGUCGCGAGGCCCAGCGGCCUUUGGGGCCUUGGCUACGUUAGAAGCAAGCAUGCCUGUGCAUUGUACGUGCAUGCAAUGCUCGCAUGGGGAUUAUCUCCUCUGCGUGUUAAAUUCACGCGGCGUUCGACGCUCCCUAUCUAAAUGACGAACGAUGUAAAUUCUUUUAACUUCAGAACAGUGAAAAAGAGGUUUUCAGCCAUUCAGCCAUCGUACCACCACCACGGGGGUAUUGAUGCUGGCAGUGUAAAUACCUGAGGACCU